AUGUGUGUUCGUGUUGGACUCGACCCGGAAGUUGACCUCUCACAAUUUCAACUCGCCGCAUCCGAACACAACAACAAGCAAAGAACAAAGAUGGGCAAACCCGCUGAGCUCGAGACGACGCCAGCUGUCGUUAGUAUGGAGCAACCACCACCAGAAAACUUGUUGCAUGCUCGAGUCGAAGACUUUUUGAAGUGUCAUUUCUCUGUACAAUGGGAGAAGAACGCGGCCGAUGCCGCCGAAAUCAACAACAAGGACAAGGCGCAACGGAGAAAAUUCCAACGGGUUGCCGAGAAAAGGCGUACUCCUGAUGCCAUUGACAAGGCUGGCAACUUUUGGCAGUCAUGUGCCUUGCACUUUCGUGCCACUCAAUUGGAAGCCAUGCUGCGACGCAGUAGCAAUCAGGGUUUUGGCUGUCAAAGUAUGGAUUCGGUUGACUUGCUCAUGUCCAGGAUCCAUUCCAAAGAUGCUCAAGAAGUCUUCAAGGCUAGCGACUUCUUGCUACUGGAAAAGAUUGGAUCCGGUGGCUAUGGUUCUGUCUACAAGGCUGUUCAUGUGGCUACAGGUCACAUUGUAGCUCUCAAGCAGCUGGAUCGUGAUUCUAGCAAGGUAGAAACACAGGGUCAGCUCAUGUUGCCACUGGAUUGUGGAGUGGUCCCUUGUUAUGGUACAUUUCAUGCAGUAGCUCCAGUGGAAAAGAACGACAACGAGAACAUUCCUCUUCUUCAGUCCGAGCUCAAGCUAUGGAUGAUUCUGAAGCUAUGCGGUGCUUCUCUCAAGGAUCGACUCGUUGAACAGGGUGGUCCACUUCCAAAGAAGGAGGCUGCUUUCAUCCUCCGGAAAGUUGCCAAGACACUGUCCUACCUCUAUCAAACACACAGCAUUGUCCACCACGAUAUCAAACCUGCGAAUAUUCUGUUUGACACAGAUGGUUCUGUCUUGUUGUGUGACUUGGGAGUUGCCAGAAAAGGAAAAUGGCAAAAAGAGCGAAUAGGAGGAACGUACUCCCACAUGUCUCCUGAAAAAAUUAGAGCUCGAAAACAGUAUUCUGCCAAGGAUAGAUGCUGCAGCGACGAAAAGAUUGAUGUUUGGGCUCUGGGUGUCAUGCUCUAUGAAAUGUCUUUCUUUGCUCAUCCAUUUAUUGGAUACAAGGCAGUUGCCAAAUGCCCGACUGUGCGUUUUAGAGAUGCCAAGGACACCACAGAACUCUCCGAGUUGAUGCAAUGCUACAACUACUUGUCACUGCCCGAGCAACCCUGCAGCAACACUGAUUUGGAUGAUGGCCAGAUUCUGUUGAAGGACAUUCUCCAGUCCAUGCUCAACCCAAACCCUGCAGAGCGAUUGAACUUGGCCAGCAUCAAGGAACAUCCUUGGAUGAAACGUCAUGGAAAAUGGAGUGAUCGAGCUAUUCUCAAACUGCAGACUGGAUUACAAUCUGGAUUGUUGGCGAUGAGCAACCACAAUGUGAUCUUGGCCAUGCAGAAACAAGACCACGGCAAAGGAGACGAGGCCAAACUAAACACCAGAAGAACCAGUGCAACUGCCAGAACCGUCACCAUUCGACGUUUCUCGUUUCCUUCAACCCCAUCAGAGAUGAGGAUGAGCAAUUCUUGCUAACAUAAAUAGUGUACACUAGCUAGUAUCAAUAAACACAAGCCAUGCUUGAGCAAGUGCUUAGACAAACAAGCCAUAUAUCAUCAAAUAUCAGGAAACAGAAACCAAUCUUGUAGCCAUAACACAGCCAAUAGGAGGAAC